GAAACCAGCUCUGUUUUUCCAUUCCUCUCUCCUCCUAACUUCUCUUUCAUUAUUUCACACACCUCCUCCCUUUCUCUCUCUCUCUCUCUAUAAAUAAACGCAACAUUACUACUACUCAAUUAUCCCCACACCUUCAUUGACAUAAAAUAAUAAACAGUUAUUAUUAUUAUGUCUCUCUUGGCUAAUACCCUGUACCUUUUAUUAUUCUUUUCAUCUUCUGUGCUUCGCGUAGCACAGGGUUCUAGCCGUGCCUCCUUAGGUAGAAAAAACGGUGCUACUACCUUUCCUCCUUCUCUCUUGGGUGAUGAUGGCAUAUGCGCCUCUUCUGUUGUUAUUCAUGGUUACAAGUGCCAGGAACUUCAAGUUACUACUGCAGAUGGGUACAUUCUUAGCGUCCAAAGAAUCCCAGAAGGUAGAAGUGGCAAUGGGAAUAAUCAGACGAAGCAGGCAGUGAUACUUCAGCAUGGAAUAUUAGUGGACGGAACGCAAUGGCUUUUGAACGGUCCAGAGCAAAAUCUGCCACUGAUAUUAGCUGAUAACGGCUUCGAUGUUUGGAUUUCUAACACCAGAGGCACCAGAUUCAGCCGCCGCCAUACCUCAUUGGACCCUUCUUCUAAGGCGUAUUGGGAUUGGUCGUGGGAUGAACUGGGUAGCUAUGAUCUACCUGCUGUUGUGGAGUAUGUAUCCAGCCAAACAGGACAAAAGCCUCAUUACGUCGGCCAUUCACUGGGAACAUUGACAGUUUUGGCUUCCUUGUCGGAAGGGAAAUUGGUGAAUCAGCUGAAAUCAGCAGCAUUAUUGAGCCCCAUAGCCUAUUUGAGUCAUUUAACCACUCAAUUAUUAGAUGUUGCAGCUAAGUUUUAUCUAGACGAGUUCAUUCGAAUAUUUGGGCUAUCGGAAUUCAUUCCCAAAGGGAUACCUGUUCAAGCCUUUCUCAAGCUAGUUUGCGAUCACCCUGGAGUAGAUUGUUACGACUUGUUGCCUGUUAUAACCGGUAAAAAUUGUUGCCUCAAUUCUUCAACUAUUGAUUUAUUAUUGAAGAAUGCACCUCAGUCAACAGCAACAAAGAAUUUGAUACACUUGGCCCAGACUAUUAGAAGUGGGGUUCUUGCAAAGUAUAAUUACGUGAGACCAGACUAUAAUUUUAUGCACUAUGGAGAAGCAGUCCCUCCAGUUUACAACUUAUCUAAUAUCCCUCAUGACCUACCUCUAUUUCUGAGCUAUGGUGCUCGAGAUGCUCUUUCUGAUGUUGUUGAUGUGCAAACUUUACUUGAUUCCCUAAAGUCUCAUGAUGCUGAUAAGCUUAGUGUUCAGUUCAUCAAGGACUAUGCUCAUCUUGAUUUCGUUAUGGGGGUCAAUGCCAAAGACGUAGUGUACAAUGCUGUCAUUUCAUUUUUCAACCGUCAAUUUAAUUAAUUAACUUGACGAGAAAACAUGUUGUUAUAGAGGGUACUACGAGGUAGUUUUGGAAGAGGAGGCCGUGGAAGAAGAUUAUCUCGAGGCAAAAGAGGAUCCUGGACAAAUAUGAAUUGGCCACGAUGUUAAAUUUAUGGCAAGUUAAGUCAUGAUCAAAACUUUUAGCAUGCUCAACAACACACUCCCGGCCCUCAUUAUCUAUGUACAAUGCACUUUCUCCUCCACCAAAAAUUAAUCCCAUUGUGUUGUCUGCUUUCUAUUUACCCUUAAAAAGUAUAUCUUUGGAUGUACAUCAUAAGAGGUUUGGUCAUCCAACUA